AUGGCACUCUUGGUCACUGUCAGAGCUCGAGAAUCAAAGCUAGGUGACAGACAGUCAGUGCCCGCCCCCAGAACCACCCCCGCUGCACCAUCGUCACUGCCCCUGCUGACCAACUCAGUAGUUGCAGGGCGCUCGUUGCCCGUACCGGUGCCGUGCCGUGUGUGUGGGGACAAGGCGUACGGCAAACACUACGGCGUCUUCUGCUGCGACGGCUGUUCCUGCUUCUUCAAGCGCAGCAUCCGCAAGAAAAUCAUCUACACCUGCAUCGCCGGGACUGGAACCUGUGUUGUAGACAAGGCUCGCAGGAACUGGUGUCCCUUCUGUCGGCUCCAGAGAUGUUUCUUGGUCCACAUGAACAGUUCGGCUGUUCAGGAAGAGCGAGGGCCACGCAAACCGACCUCCCGCAAAGUUUCGAAACUCACCUCUGGAGUAACCAGAAGUGCCUUCAGAUCUGUGACUCAUUCUCGACAAUUUACUCACCGACCUCAGUUGUCACAAGGGGUUUACGAAAUGGCAGCUCGAAUACUGCUGUUGAGUAUCCGGCAAGCCCGUAUGUCUCCGGCUGUGUGUGAACUACCUCGAACACUCCAGGACGUGGUGCUGAGUCACACCUGGAGCCAGCUGUUUCUGCUGCAAGCAGUCAGCUGGCCACUGCUUCUCUCAGCUGACUGUGACAUCACACACUUGCUGCUAGCCUGCCGACAGCUUGCUCCAGACCCCAUCGAGAUCAGCAUGCUUCAGACCCUCGUACUGUGUAGAAACGGUAUAAUGCUAAUGGAUGAAGUAGUACAGCGAGAGAUGAGCAGUUGCUACUACUACACCCAGAUAUCUCUGACUCAUCACACCAGUAUUGCUCGCUACUCCACCUUACUGAUGAUAAUGCCUGCUCUACACAGUGUGCCAGCUGCUACUGUCAGAGCUCUACUGCUGAACCCUGUCAUAGGCUCAGUGCCCAUCCAGCACAUCAUUCCUGUCAUAUGAGUUAACCCUGUGCACAGUGCUAGCAACUUUUAUUCAACAAUAAAUUUUAUUUUGA